AUGUCGAAGAACAAUCCACUGCGCGAGCUCCUGCCUAGGGAAAAAUGGCGAAGCAUGCGGUAUCUCGAAACGGACUCGUCGACAAAACACCGGCGAGUUUCUCUGGCCUGUACCGAGUGUCAGAAAACAAAGUCUAAGUGCUCCGCUGGUGAUCGGAGACGCAAUGCUCAUACCGCCGAGCUGUUAAACUUCCGUGUCGCCCUUUACCAAAUGGCUGCAAAGCUGCGCUCUGGAACGCCGGAGGAGAUAUUACGGUUGGUCCGGGAGAUCCAAAACCUGCCAACAGAUCAAGAUGCAGUCAAUCAUCUUACUGACGGAUGCUCAUGUGAAUGA